UGAUGUGACGACCUCCUACUGGCUAUAGAUAUACGCGUUGUUAAGCGCAAAGCCAUCAACUGCAAAUUAGACCGAGCGAUUAGCGAUUGGCAAAUAUAUUUAUCACUUAUAUAGUUGAGAGCAACAACCGAAACAAGAUGUUCACCUACGUCAGCCGAGUCGCUUUGUUGAUCGUGUUCGUAUGCACCGCGGUGCAAUCGAGACCUCCCGUCGACCCCAACCACAGAGCGGUGAAUAACGCGGUCGAGGCGUACGUCUUCGGAGCGGUGCAGGAUCGUUUGAUGAAUCUGAGCGAGGAGGAGAGGCAGCAGAGCUACGAACAAUUGUCGAAACGAGUCGAGGCUCUGGACAGCAGAGUCAAGGUAUCAUUCGACGCGUUUUACGAGGAUCUGAAAAAAUCUGGGGCAGCCGCCGAGUUCGAGCCGAAAGUGCUGGCCGCGAUCAGAGAGUAUUACGACGAUAUGACCAGCGAGAAGGAGCUCCAGGUUAUGUACCUGGUCUCGUACUGGCAGGAGCGAAUCGACUACUACGAGUCGCCGAUAGAGAAAGAGGCAAUGAGGACGCAGGCCCGAGAGGAUCUACGCCUCGAGCUCUUCACCGUCGAGGCCUAUCUCGAGGCCUUCGAGAAGAUCCUUCGCGGUACCAUCAAGCUUCAUUGAGUUUGCUUUGUAAUUUUUGGACAUUGAAAUAAAUUUAUCCGUAA